CGCGGGCACUUCGAGAGAGCAAUUGCCCGGAUGAGGGCCCGCUCGCUCGAUUCGAUCUUCGCAGCCAGCCAGCGGGACCCUGGCCACCACACUGACCUUCGGAGCUCUGCCCUCAGUGCCCUCGUCGCCAUAUAUUCUCUGCUGCAGACGAAGCUACAUCUUCCCAACCAAUCCACACCUUCUCAAUUUUCCCAACACACACACACACACACGCGAUCAACACAAUGGCUCCCGUUAACGCAAACCUCGCUGAGCAGAUCGCCGCUGGCAAGGCCACGGCGGAGGACGUCAAGAAGGCGUCGCAGAACCCCGCCUCGGGCGCUGGCGUCCAGGUCGGCGAGAACGUCACUACCGCCGUCACCAAGCUCAACAACGGCAACACCAUUCCCACUGUCGCUCUCGGUGUCUACAAGGCGCCCAACGACAACACGACUGAGCAGGCCGUCGAGUGGGCCCUCGACGCCGGCUACCGCCACAUUGACGGUGCCGCCCGUUAUGCCAACGAGGAGGCCGUCGGCAAGGCCAUCAAGAACUGGUGCUCCAAGUCGGGCGUCUCGCGUGAUCAGAUUUUCGUCACCUCGAAGCUUUGGGACGCUGACCACGAGCGCGCAGAGGAGGCCGUCCAGGACUCUCUCAAGAAGCUCCAGCUCGACUACAUGGACAUGUACCUCAUCCACUCGCCCGGCAACAUGGGCCCCGAGGCACGUAUCAAGGCCUGGAAGGGACUCGAGAAGGCCGUUGACCAGGGUCUGAUCAAGAACAUCGGUGUCUCCAACUUCGACGUUGAGGAGCUCGACCACCUCCUCGCCGAGGCCCGUAUCCGCCCUGCCGUCAACCAGAUUGAGUCGCACCCCUUCUUCCAGCACGAGGAGCUCCGUGAGGCGACCAUCGCCCGUGGUAUCCACAUCCAGGCCUACUCGCCCAUGGCACAGGGUGCCGCUCUCGAGCGUCAGGAGAUCAAGACGAUCGCUACCAAGCACGGCAAGACGCCCGCUCAGGUCCUCCUUCGAUGGGGUCUCCAGAUCGGCAACAUCAUCCUGCCCAAGUCCCUCACUCAGCACCGCAUCGUCUCCAACGCUCAGCUCUUCGACUUCACCCUCGACGCUGAUGACCUGACCCUCCUCAACUCUCUCGACGAGGGUAUGAAGAUGGGCAAGCUCGGCCCCCCGGGCACCUCGCAGCCCCCUUCCCCCGGUGGAACUCGCCCUGGCUCUCGCAGAAGCUCCCAGUCGGGCGGCCUCAGCGGUGGUGCUCUCAAGAUGACUUCGUCGUAAAGACUCGCUUCAUGGACGACGCAAGCAAAGAAACAAAAGACGUACUCGCAGCCCCCACUCCCUUCUACAUUGCUCUACCCUCUCUCUCUCUCUUUAGUUCUCUCUACUAGCCAGCUUACCCCCAGCCAGUUGCCCCGCUCUCUCUCGCUUUCUCACCAUCAGAGAUACACCACCUACACCCAUUCUUGUGACAAUAGAAAUCCAAAAUUCAAUGCAGC